AUGGAUCCAAGACAAAGCUUUCCGCUUUCGGUUGCGGCGAACAGCCCAACCACGUCGACAAGUCCCACAGAUUCAAUACCUUUGAUUUCGUCCAUCCCAUCCUUAGCAUUCUCACAUUCGACCACCUCCUCUGCCAGCAAAGUGCCUGGCACCCCCACUCUCGAAAGUCCUAUCAUCCCCCAAGACAAGCUAGAUAUGCCCUCCGAUAUAGAGGGAAAUCGGAAUCAACUGGCUCGUACGAUGAGUCAGUUAACAAAAGCAGGAUUUCGCCCGGUCUGGUCAAGAGAGCAUGGAUACCCGGGAACGAUCCCCGAGGAUAUCGGAGAGUACAUUGACAGCAACAGCCACCGUACGCAGACCUAUAUCUAUUUUUGGCGAAAGCUAGAGGAUAUGUUGACUGAUCUGGUUUUAGGAUUCGAUGAACUAAUUGGCCCACUGAGUAGCCUUUUUUGGCUCGCAGGCCUUGAUGAGCUGGUCGAUGCAAUCUACGACCCAGCGAUUGCCCUCCAAGACGAGGUGCGACUCAUCCCGACAAAUGUCGGUGUACCAUGGAUCUUGGAGCAUCUGUAUCUAGAGAGAAAACUUCCAGCAUCGAUAUACGAUCGGUACUUUUCUGGAUACAAUCAGCCGCCAAUCGCUGUUAUGCCAGUCCGCCUUGAUCCCAUUCCACCGCAAGUUGGAUUCCAAUACACUUGCCAUAAAUUGGAGGAGCUGUUUCCCGCCAACAAAACUCAACGUCUGCCGCAGAAUAUCGCCACGGUUCGAGUUAAAGGGGAUAAGAACAAGGACCGUCUAUCCGCGAAGAUCAGCAAAGACUACGUGAGCAAACUCGGCGGCGGCUCAUUCUUGUACCGAGUGUCUACUCGGGCCGCCUUAGCUGCGAUGAUGGCCUUUUUCACCCCGGUCAUUCACAGUAGAAACUUGGACAACGAGUUGGGGCCGGGAAUUUAUACAUCCGAUUGUCUAGAAUGGAUCCUGAGAUUCGUUUCCGUCAAUAGUGCUUUGUUGGUAUUUAAAGACCCUGAUUUCCGCAAUUCGGGCUUUUGGAGGCCCUCUAUGCGCGAGUGGCAGCACACUAUCGCGACUUGGACCCGAAAACCACUGUCGAAUGUACCGGAUUCCGUACCUUCAGGAUGGAAAACAGCAGACAUCAUCCAAGGGCCUAUCUCGAAGCCAGAUUCGCCAAAGAACUGCCUACCAGAACCCGGAGAGGUCUCACAGACCGUGGCAGUCAGUUAUGCCGGGUGUGGAGCACUUUCCGCAUCCUUAGCGAUGAUAAUCUGGCUGGAGUAG